AAGGUUAUCACCACAGCGUGAGACAGACACCUAUAUAGUAGAGUCCGUGGUGGUGGACAGAGGAACGGGCAGCCUCGGGCUGCCAUCGCUAUUUGCUACCUAAUUAUUACUUUCAGAUGCAUCUUCUGUCUGAAAAGGGUCAAGACGACAGACUAGAGAGAAGAUAUGAGUAACUGCUAGAGCAAGCAAGGACAAAGAUGGGUUUAAACAAGAGAGAAGAGCGUGAAAACCAACAAAAUUAUAUAUUCUGGUGAGGUGCCUGAAGCUUCCACGAACCAUGAUGGAGAAUCUAGAAGGAGGUGGGGAUGGAGGGCAGGAAUUCUGCUUCAAGUACCGAGGUAGUACUGAAGUGGAUCGCCAUUACUCCAAGCCCAUGUUGCCCUGGAUCAUCUCUGAGAUCAAGAAUCAACAAAAAUCAGAAGAUGUGUUGGUUGACAUCACUCGGGGCAAUGUUGUAGUGCGAAAUAUGGCAUCAGGGAUAGUGACUUUAAGCCAUACGGUGCGGCAGAUUCAUAAGUGUGUUAUGGAACAGGCUGAUCACACUUGUUUUCUCUAUACACUCAAACCUGUUGACAAAGAGCAGGCUCCUGUGCCUGGUGCUCCUGGGUAUGUGUGUGCUAGUGAUCCCAAUCAACUUGUACCGGCAAAUGUUUUUGAUCAAAAUUACCAGUGCCAUCUGAUGCAAGCAUCUGAUGAACAACACGUCCGUAAUUUCUUUGCGUGUUUACGUCAGCAACCUCGUGAAAUCCAGCCAUGUCCUGAACCAUGUGUCUCCAGCUCCUUCAAUUCACUCCCAGACCUUUUUGUUCAUAAUGAAUCUCAGUUUUUUGAGGUGUUAUUCGUUGGGAGAGUGAAGGUUUCCCACUCAAAGGUGCCACCCAGUUUUAUUGAUGAAGCUUUAUCAGCUUUUAAACUUCGUGAGAGAACACGGCAGCGAAAUACAUCUGGAGGGGAUGGUUUUCGGUCUCAACCCAACACUGCAACAAUAACCUUCCAACAAGAAGGAAGUGGCAUGUCUGUUCCCAACAUUACCUUCUCCAGUCUAUUGGCUGAACCAGGCAGUAGUGUUGGGAGUCGCAAAAUAUCUAAGGAAGUUGAAAAGGAGACUAUUGAUAAUCAAGCAAAUCCAGAACAAGAUAAGGAAUCACAAAAGCAUCCUAAAGUUCGAUUCACUCUUUGGUCCAGUACUGAAGAGAACCAAGGAUCCUUAUCAUCUCUGAAAGCUUCUAAUCAGUCAUCUGAUGCACCUAGCAACUCUUCCUCAACUGAGCAAACUUCAUUUCUUUUACCUAGUUCCAGUUUAUCAUCAUCUGAAAUGAUCACCUACCUCAGGUCUUGCAGUGUUCCUGAAGAACAAUCCAAGAAAUUGGAAGAUUCUGAAGUCAAAAAGGAUGGUUCAGAAAGUGAAGGAAGCAGUAAAACUGAGUUGCCUGUGAUGGAACCUUUUCGUCAGCGCCUUCGCACAGUCAGUGGAGACUCUAGUCAGAUUUUCAGAAGGCCAUCUUGUGUUCAGGAGCAAGGCAUGAGGGCACGUGCGGGUUCUAUUGGCAGCAUGACCAGUCGAAGCCGUUUGCACCGCACUAGCGAGUGUGAGCUCAAGAUGCUAAGCCAUGACUUCAAUCGAACAAUGCUGUUCCAUAUUGGCCGCAGUGAAAUCCAACUUAUUAAUCCAGAAAUGAAGUCUGUUCAGCUAAAUAAAAACUUCAAAGAUAUUGCUCAUUGCUGCCAAGGUAUCAAACACAAUGAUCACUUUGGCUUUAUCUGUCGGGAACUAAAUGGAGAUAUACCUUGCUAUGUGGGAUAUGUCUUCAUGUGCCAAAUAAGUACCGUGACAGAUGAAAUAAUGCAAGCUUUAAGUAAGGCUUUCACUGCUGUGCACGAGGCUCAGGUACGAGAAAAACAAGAGAAUUUGCUGUGUGAUCAGUGCCCCAUGCGAUGGUUCAGCAUGCUUUGUGCAGAGGUUGAGGGAAUGGCUGCUGCAAAGGCACACACUACAAUCAUGAAACGAAUUUCAAGUCUUCCUGAAGAAGAGAAGAGCAUUUUGAUUGCCAAAUAUGAGGGAGCAGAGGCCUCUGAUGCACAGAUUCAGAAUAAUAUUUUGAUGAUGUUAUUGAGAACCCACUUUGAAACUAAACAGGCUUCACAUACCCACCUUGCUCUGCCUGGUGGGGGGGUCAAACCUGACAACCAGGUGGGUGGUAACCUGGAGUCAUCCCUACGUCGAGCUAAGAAAAGUUUAACAACUUCAUUUAAUCAGUUACUGAAAAGAGAUGGCAGAGAAAGUGAAAGCUCUGAAAGGGAAACCACUGCUGAAGAGGAACAGAAUUCUGGAUUUAAUACGAAUCCAGUAGAAAAAACACAUCCCAUCCCUGCAUCAUCACCUAGAGUGAAAAUGGAAGGCUUGAGUGAUUCUCCACUUGGUCACCGGCCACGCUCCUCUACAGUGAGCUCAGCAGGUGGUGACAGCAUGAGGCGGGAGUUCAUGGCCAGGCGUGCAGCAGCCAAGCAAAAGGUUGUGUCAAGCAAAAUUGAGUCUACUCUGUUAGACAAAACUGAAUCAACAAGUGGCUCUCAAGUGUCACCCAAAAGAAACAUUUUCCUCAAGGUUGGCUCUCCAACUCCACGAAACACCCAGGAGGAAGAAAACUCAGGAGAUGGCAAAUCGGUGCCUAAGUCAAUGUCUUUCAGACAUGCCAUCCUUCAAAAAGUAGUGUCUCCUCCUAAGAGAAUUGAUUCCUUAGACCCGUUAGGAAGCCGGACCAUUGAAUCAUCUUCCUACCCAAGUAAGAAAUCAAAGCAGCAACUGAAGAUUAUAUGGAAGAAGGCUGUAUUUCAGCAGAUCCUUCUCAAUCGUUUUGAGAGGGAGAAUCAGCGUCUAAGAGCUCACCAGCAACAAGUGGCAAUGCAGCGUGUGCGAUUAAAUUAUGAAGAAGAUGAGAUUCAUAUAGAAGCAGUACAAGCUUGGCAGCUUAUGUUAACCAGACCCUCAGCUAGGAUAGAUUCCAAUAUCCUUCACAGUGGUAUCAAACAAGGUGUGCCCAAAUCAUUGCGAGGAGAUGUAUGGCAAUUGCUCAUGUAUCAGUAUUUAUCCAGAAAUGCCAAGAAGGAACCUGAGUUCCCCGGAUACAACACACCUUAUGAGAAUAUGAUCAAGGAGCUCACAUCACAACAUCAUGCUAUUCUUAUUGACUUGGGUCGUACUUUUCCUACACACCCGUAUUACAUGCAAACACUUGGUCCAGGACAGUUGGCUUUAUUCAAUGUGCUGAAAGCAUAUUCGCUUCUGGACAAGGAUGUUGGAUACUGCCAAGGCUUGAGCUUUGUUGGUGGAGUCUUACUUCUUCAUGUUGAAGAAGAGGUCGCAUAUAACUUAUUGAAACAUUUGAUGUUUAUUAUGGGGUGUCGGCAACAAUAUAGAUCAGAUUUGAUUGGUCUUCAGGUACAAAUGUAUCAGUUGUCUCGGCUGCUACGAGAUAAACUGAAGAGAUUACAUGAUCAUUUUGAAGAUAAUGAAGUUACACCACAACUGUUUGCAGCUCCUUGGUUCUUAACACUGUUUGCAUCACAGUUCUCAUUGACCUUUGUGAGCAGAGUAUUUGACCUUUUGUUUAUGGAUGGAAUGGAAGCAGUGUUUUGUGUGGCCUUAGUGCUGCUGAAGACCCAUGAGGAAGCUCUCUUGGCAUGUGACUCCUUUGAACAAAUCAUGGAGUAUAUGAAGACUUCAAUGUCUGCACUCCAUCCUAAUCAAAUAGGAAACAUCAUCUCUCAGGCCUGUGAUUGUUCAUUGAGCAGAGAGUUACAGGCAUAUGAGGUUGAGUACCAUGUUUUACAAGAAGAAGCAGCACUGUCUCCAUUAAACAGUGCAGAAUUCAACAAGUUAAAAGAAGCCAAUAAAAACCUUAAGCGGCAAAACUUGGACCUUUUGGAACAACUUCAUCAUUCUAAUUCUCAGCAACACGCAUUGGAAGCCUCUAAUCAGAGUCUGCAACAGAGUCAGCAUCAUUUGGAGGUACGAGUCAGGUGGCUUGAGUUGGAACGUGGAAAUCUCAAGCAACUGGUCAGCCUUCUUGCUCAAAAUGUUCCAUCACAUACCCUAUCCUCCAUUCCCGCCAAUCUUCAGCGUUUUCUCCCUAGUGAACCUGAGAAGAAAGAAGAGGCAAAGAAGAGUACUGAAAAUAAAGAAAAGGAUCAGGCUAAGGAAUCAGAUGACAUAACAUCGUCUCUGCCGUCCCAAAGCCAUCAUCAACAAAACCAAUCUGGUCAAAGAUCAGUGACAAUGGACUAUGGUAUGAUGCACCGUUAUAUAAAGAAUCUUGUUGGCCAUGACUAAAUACGUACACACACACACACACACACACACACACACACACACACACACACACACACACACACACACACACACAUA